AUGGACGGAAAAACUAAAAGUAAUGAAGUUUUAUACUCGCCGAGUCGAUGGUGUAAACGAAUGGAUCCAGAUAUAGUGGUCAAUAAACAUAUUGAAAUAGUUAAAUUAAUUAGCGAACAAAUUAAGAAAUCCAGAUAUUGUAAAGCAACAAAUAUAAGAUAUGGAUCUGGUGACCAACAGCUGUUAGACGUUUAUGAAGAUGGACUGAUUUCUUCGGAUUGUACUUUUGUUUAUAUUCAUGGAGGAUAUUGGCAAGAAUUAAACAAAGACAUUUCUGCCUAUUGUGUAGAACCAUUAGUAAAUGCUGGGAUUCGAGUGGUUGUACCUGGUUACGAUCUCGCACCAAAAGUAACUAUUUUUAAUAUAGUUGAAGAAAUCCAUCAAAUGUUAUCAUAUUUAAAGGAUUCUUUAAAAUAUAAAAAUAUUUGGUUGGGAGGACAUUCAGCAGGUGCUCAUUUAGCUGCAUCUAUGAUACAUCCUGAAGUAAAUGAAAACAUUGGCGUUAAAGGAUUUAUACUCAUCAGCGGUAUAUUUGAUCUUAAUCCAUUAUUGGAGACUUCUAUAAAUAAACCACUGAAGUUGAACAAGAACACUUGUCUAGAACUAAGUCCACUGAAUAAUCUAUAUGGACUUGAUUUUACACAUAUAACGGCUCAGAAUUGUUUAAAAAUUCUUGUAGUUUAUGGCGAAAAUGAUUCUCCAGCUUUCCAUUUCCAAUCAAAACAGUUUGCCAAAUUUCUGGAAAAACUUGGUUUGGAUGUAACAGAAGAAAGAAUAAAUGGAGUAGAUCAUUUUGACAUUGUAGAGAAUCUUUCAAGCAUACACUAUUCUCUUACAAAAAGAAUUAUUAAUUUUAUUCUUAACUGA